CACUGUUUAACGCAUUUAAGCUAAAUUUAUUUAGCAAUAUAAAAUAUCUCUUUUUUUGAAAUAUUACGCUGAUGUCGCAUCUUAAUAAUGUGUGAAAACAGACAACUAUUUCUUUUCACCUGUAAAUAAUUUGUGUGCGAAUCUAUUCUACAAGUGACGUUUGAAUUGGUAAAUUAAUGGAUAUUGGCCUUCGCAAGAUGUAUGUUCAGUGAAUUUAUUUUAGAAUUUUAAAAUUGGCUAACAUCCAAAUUUUGUACACUUGGACUAUCCUAGAUAGUUCAUCACAGUCAUAGAUGAUAAUCACAUGUCACGAUGCCGGAGAUGACAGUAACUUCUGAAAUAUACCAGGAAUAUGAUUAUAAAACGAAAUUAAAGCCAAGCCAAGAAGGAAAUGUUAUAUCGGAGUUUCCAUUCCUGCUGCCUUUGAGUCAAAAUAGCUGUACAUUUGAUGAUGAUGAUGAUUUAGAUAUUGAAAGACCUUCUAAAGCUUGUGUUAAGAUAGAACACAGUUCAAAGACUAAAAUAGCUUUAGUGGGUCUGCAAGUAUGGAGAGGAGCAUUCCUUUUAGGUGAUUUAUUGAUACAUUUGGGACUGAAUGGGAAGUUGAACGGUAAAACUGUACUGGAAUUAGGAGCUGGCACUGGAUUUACGAGUUUUGUUGCUGCUUUGUACGCAAAGAAAGUUAUAUGCACAGAUAUAGAUUUGGGUGGAAUAUUGGAGUUAAUUAAAUUGAAUGCUAAAUAUAACAGUGAGUUAAUUAAAUCUCAAUUUAAAGUGAUGCCGCUCGACUUCAAGGAAAUUGAAUGGAGUAGACAAUUGAUACAGGAAAUUCAAAAAGUUGAUAUCGUAGUUGCAGCUGAUGUGAUCUACGAUGAUGACGUCACAGCGGCGUUUAUAUCAACAGCGCAAAGAAUUAUGAAUACAAAUCCACCCAAAGUAUUAUACAUUGUAAUGGAGAAGAGAUACGUGUUUACAAUAGAACAUAUGGAUUCCGUAGCUCCGUGCUAUGAAACAUUCCUGGCACUACUGCAAAAGGUUAAAACUGAGAAUGUCUAUGCCACGUGGACUGUGGAACAACUGCCUUUAGACUUUCCUAAAUAUUUCACGUAUGAUCGCGUGAAAGAAUUAGUCCUGUGGAAGAUAACCUCAAAAGUAGUGAAAUAGUCUGUGAUAUUGUUUUCGUGUUUAAAUAUAAAUGUUGUUGAAA